CAGCUUCUCAUCUCAUUUUCUGCUUUUUUUCCUUUUCUUCUCUUUCCUUUUAAUUUAUUUGUUUUUCUUUUCUUUCUUAUCAUUUUCUUACUCGUCAUAUCCCUUUCUCAUUUCUUUCUUUCUCACUAUUUCUCACACUCUCUAACUCCGUCUUUUAUCUUGUUCUAUUCUCCCAACUUCGCUCAUUCUUUCCCACCUGCUUCUCCAUUUGGUUGCAAUUUUCGCAUAACGUCAACUUCAUCAGAAACGUUCGCAUUAUCGGAGAGUCGGUCAAAAAACAGGGUCAAGUUUUUCGGAAAGGUUCUUCAACCAAGUGAGAGGAUCCAUCAAGACUGUGGUCAGUGGAAAUUUGUGCGGCGAAGAAUAAAGUAAACCCGUAGAUUAACUAGGAUUAACCAUGAGUUGGCAUCAUCUCAAAUCACUCAACGAAGACAAAGAAAUGAUGCAGAGUUCACUGAACAAAAGCAGAAUGAAGAAUGCAAAAUUAUUUGAUGAAAUAUCUGACUUAAGCAAAGAAAUAUAUAGAUACAAAAGACGUCUUGAAAGAGCAUACAGACCAAUUGAUACUACUUAUGAGGCAAAACCGAGGCGCCCAGUUUACGAUAGUUAUUCAACACUAAGAUGCCCUGAAAUAUAUUAUCAUGCACCUUCUUACGGUUUUUACGAUGGAGACUGGGAAAUAAAAAGAGCUCCAGCCCCUGCAGACCCUAUUGUCCAGAAGUCGUACCGAACUAAAGACGGAGUUUUACACCAUAUUUAUACAGUAAAAUCUGCACUUAAGUAUUAAAAUACUUAAAGAAUAUAAACUAUUCUGUCCAGAACUUACAUUAGUAAACACUUUGAAAAUAUGAAGUAACUUAUAACAGUGAUUAUUUCAGUUGAAUUUUUUUUCAUUUGCCUGUCGACAUUAACAACUAAUAUUGCUAUUUAUUUGGUUCAAUUUCAUAUUUAACAUAUUAAAAUGCUGGAGAAUAUCUUCGGCGAGAAGAAGCAAUAUUUUAAAUCCAGUAUUGAAAGACAAUAACAACCGGAGAAAAGAAAUGGAUUUGAAAGUUGGCUUUCACCCUGUUUAACGACCACGCUUACUUUCUGCUUAUUUUCUGACAGAAUGUUCCGACUUGUAUAAAAGCAGUUUCUAACAUACAAUAUUGUUAUAAUGCAUUCCUUGCAAGAAAAUAAGAAAUAUAUUUAAAAAAUGUAAAUGCGUCAAAAAUAUUGUUUGGUAAUUAUAAUGCAUUCGUAACUUUAUGUAAUAACAUAAAUUUCCAUAAAAUAAAUUGAUAUACCAUCUUACAAGCAUUCUGUUUAAACAUCAUUAACGAAUGUUGAAAAAUAAUGUAUUCCUGAUAUAAAGCUUAAGAGAAUAAAACAUCAUUUAUGUAUGGAAUGAAUAAUCUUAUUGAUUAUUUUUAGCGAUAUAAAGUGGAAGUAGUUAAACUUAAAACAGAUGAUAUUUUCAAGAAAUUCAGGACAUUGAAAACAUUGAUCAUAAAACAACGUAAAAGAUUUAGUUCUAAUUGAAAAUUUUAAUUUAAUGAAUUAAUGCAUGUGGUAAAUACAUAUGAAAGUGAAAUUCUAAACGAAGCCAGAGACAUAAUGGAGAAAUUUUCGUUUCAAUCCAAAUAACGAAUUAAAUGGCAAUUUUAAAAGAAGGAACAUGGUUGUUUAUUUAUUGAUUUUAAUGAGAGACAAUCCCCAGAGUUGGACAGCUUUUCAGCUGAGACAAAAAUUGCGAUAACUUUCGGUUUUGCAUUUACUUUGAAUUAAAUCUGAAAGAAAUGUU